UCAGGCGGAUGCUUUAACCCUGCUGCGGAGUCCACCUUGUACUCAGCGUCCGCGCUGACCAUGCAGGAGCCACUGCUAAGAGACGAGGGUCUGGACUAUGAUACCUUCCCCGAGGCGUCCGCGUCGCCGAGAGAGAGGGCGCGGGCCGGGGCCUUGCAAAACAGAAGGGUGUUCCUGGCCACCUUUGCUGCUGUGCUGGGCAAUUUCAGCUUUGGGUAUGCCCUGGUCUACACGUCACCAGUCAUCCCUGCGCUGAAGCUCUCUUCUGACCCAGCACUACACCUGAACAAAAUCCAGGCAUCCUGGUUUGGGUCCGUGUUCACCUUGGGUGCCGCAGCUGGGGGCCUCAGUGCUAUGGUUCUCAAUGACCUUCUGGGCCGGAAGCUCAGCAUCAUGUUCUCAGCUGUCCCCUCAGUCAUUGGCUAUGCACUCAUGGCUGGUGCCCAUGGUCUCUGGAUGCUCCUGCUGGGGAGGAUGCUGACAGGCUUUGCCGGGGGACUCACCGCUGCCUGCAUCCCGGUGUAUGUGUCUGAGAUUGCACCCCCUGGUGUUCGUGGGGCCCUGGGGGCCACACCGCAGCUCAUGGCCGUGUUUGGAUCCCUGUCUCUCUAUGCCCUUGGUCUUUUGCUGCCUUGGAGAUGGCUUGCUGUGGCCGGGGAGGGGCCUGUUCUCAUCAUGAUCCUGCUGCUUAGCUUCAUGCCCAACUCGCCUCGCUUCCUGCUCUCAAAGGGCCGGGAUGAGGAGGCACUGCAGGCGCUGACCUGGCUUCGAGCUGACUCUGAAGUCCAUUGGGAGUUUGAGCAGAUCCAGGACAAUGUGCGGAAACAGAGUAGCCAAGUGUCAUGGGCAGAGGCCCGGGACCCCCGUGUGUACCGGCCUAUUCUCAUCGCAGUACUGAUGCGCUUUCUGCAGCAGCUGACAGGCAUCACACCCAUCCUCGUGUACCUGCAGACCAUCUUCGACAGCAUGUCUGUGGCGCUGCCCUCUCAGCAGGAUGCAGCCAUAGUGGGUGCUGUGAGGCUCGUGUCUGUGCUGAUUGCUGCUGUCACCAUGGACCUGGCUGGCCGUAAAGUCCUGCUCUAUGUGUCAGCAUCCAUCAUGCUUGUUGCCAACCUGACGCUGGGGCUGUACAUCCAGUUUGGUCCAAGGCCUCUGACCCCCAACAGCACUGUGGGACUGGAGAUCAUGACCCUGGGAAACACAGAACAGCCCCCAACUACAUCCUUUGAUUACCUCACUCUGAUACCCCUGCUGGCCACCAUGCUCUUCAUUAUGGGCUAUGCCAUGGGCUGGGGGCCCAUCACCUGGCUCCUCAUGUCUGAGGUUCUGCCCCUGCGUGCCCGUGGUGUUGCCUCCGGGCUCUGCGUGCUGGUCAGCUGGCUUACAGCCUUCAUUCUCACAAAGUACUUCCUGCUGGCAGUGAAUGCCUUCGGCCUCCAGGUGCCUUUCUUCUUCUUCUCGGCCAUCUGCUUGCUCAGUCUGCUCUUCACAGGCUUCUGUGUGCCUGAGACCAGGGGCCGCUCGCUGGAGCAGAUCGAGGCCUUCUUCCACACCCGCAGGAUGUCCUUCAGGCCCUAGUCAGGGGCUUGCUGUUAAGGGGCCAAACCACCAGGCCAGGCCUAUGCACUGGCACAGAUUCACACCUGCAACCAGGAGCAACAUCCCUGCCAUCAGCCAGAACACACUUCUACCAGUCCACCAACUAUGGGCUGGUAGGCCCCAGCUGAGGCAGCCUGCAGAGCUGUAAUACCUGAGCUGAGACCUGCAGGGGAGCAGACAGCCCAGCCCCAGACUGAGCAAAGGCUGUGCCUAAGGACAAGGCUGCCAGGGGACCUGGGGCUUAGUUCCUUACUCCUACAAGGGACACUGCUCAUGCAGGACCAUAUUGAGGACAGAGAACAGGGAUGGAGAUGGCUCUGUACAGGGACAUCAUCACAUCAUGCUGUUCUGGUCAACUGGUCAUGGGAAGGACAGGAUCCUGCACCCACAAGGGUCUGGGUAACUUGGGGAACACUGAACUUCCAAAGGCCAGAGUAUAGGACCCAUUCCAAUCUUGGGAUACCUCUAGUCUGCAAACUGUUAACUGUUUCUUCAAAAUAAAAGAACUGGGCCUGCAGCCUCAGGGAGGAAA